GUUUUGUAAUCGUGAGCUGUGUCUGUAUGUGCCUGGUAUAUAAGCUGGCAUUCAGGAACCGGAUCUGAAAUAUAUAAAGUGAUUCUUAGCUCUUCAGUUUUACUAUCUGCCAUCCAUGUCUUAUCAAUAAUGACGGCGAAGUCGACGGGAGGAUGGAUUGGAAACUUGGGAUCAUAAACUUAUCAAGACGUUUGUAGCUAAGCUGGAAUUUUUUCCGAGGGAAUAUCUAACUCAAAAACAUGCUUCGCUCGAUGAAGCUAAAGUCUCUGAACCCUCACAUCACUUGUGUACUUUGUGGAGGAUAUCUCGUGGAUGCUACUACCAUCAUUGAGUGUUUACACUCCUUUUGCAGGAGCUGUAUCGUUCGUUACCUGGAAACCAGUUUUCAUUGUCCUGUAUGUGACGUAGAAAUUCACAAAACAAGGCCAUUGCUUCACAUCAAGCCUGAUCGAGUAUUGCAAGACAUCGUGUACAAACUGGUUCCUGGUCUGUCUCCUGGUCUGUCUCCUGGUCUGUGUUUUGGACACAGUGAUAAUAAAGAACGGAUUACUCCAGGAGAAACAGGCGAUACUGCUGAAGUGAAAUCCGAUCAGAAUGGCUGUCCUGACGUGAUUGAUGACCCUGUCUGUAUUCAGCUGGAAUACUAUGGGCGGAAAAGAUUCCAACGCACCGAGAAACAGAUUUUCCCCACACGUUUUUUACGCUGUUCUUCUAAAGUUACCGUUGGCGUUCUGAAGAAAUUUCUGUCGAUAAAGUUUGGAAUCCCACCCACACACCAGCCCGAGAUUGUUCGAUCAGAUGAAAUUCUUGAUAAUCACAUCACUAUGACAGAACUCUCUCGAAUCUAUGGUCUUUAUGCCAAGUCUUGUCUAGACAUCCAGUACAUAUUCUUGCCAAAUAAGGAAGACGAUGAGUUGAAAACUGAAGGACAAGAAGCCAAGAGAGUCAAAAUAGAUCAUCUACAGCAAUACAGACACAAUGAACUACAACAACUGCAAAGGAAACGAAAAGGACGUCGGCGAAAACAUCAAACAAAAGAAGAUCAGCAGUCUGACAUGCCGCCGCCAAAACGACGUAAAAGGCGAAUGAAAAAUGUAGUUCUAACAAAAGCACAUCAAGAUUCUAACGAAAGGUAUUCUUUACCGAACGGAGUCGUGACUGAAGACGUGCUGCGAGAGAAACGACUGUUUUACGGACCAACGACUCAAGGACUUGCGAAAGAUUCAAAUGAACCAGAGAAUAAUGACAAGCAUCACCAACUAGUACAACAGCUAGACCACCAAGACGUGAAUCAGAGAGAACAAAAACAAGACAAGGAAACAACUACAGGAUACCAAACAACAAGAGAACUGCAAUAUGAGAAAGAACAACAGCAAAGUACACCUGAAGACGGACUUUCCGUGAUGGAGAAACAACAUGGUGAUUAUGGCUGCUACCAGAACAGAACCGAUGAAACAAACUUACAACACGUCGAUUAUGGCUGCUACCAGACCAGACCCGAACAAACAAACCUACAACACGUUGAUCAUGGCUGCUACCAGACCAGACCCGAACAAACAAACCUACAACACGGUGAUCUUGGCUGCUAUCAGAACAGACCCGAACAAACAAACCUACAACACGGUGAUCAUGGCUGCUACCAGAACAGGCCCGAGCAAACAAACCUACAACAAACACAGAAACAUCAAUCGAAAGAAAACGAGACAAGACAACACGAGUCUGUAUGUGACAAGGCAAAGUUUUACCAACUGAACAAACACUUUGUAUCAGUCAAGAAUUCAACAGUAGAAACUGAAAGCAAUAAGGACAAAGAAUCUCUUGAAUCAUUGAAGAUCUCUCCUCCUCCUUUACGAAGUCGUAAUAUUGACAAUAUCGAUACUAGCUGUGCAGAGACAUUUGUUUGUCCUCCACUGUGGAAUGGCAUUGAAUCCACCGCUAUUUUGUAGUAUUUUUGGACUAACUUUAUGUAUUUUGAGUUUAAUUAUGAUAUUAUUGAUAUAAAUUGGUUAAGUUUGGUACAAUUAUUUCGACUGAAAUUAUGCCAAAUGAUGUAUAUGUUGAAUUACAGAAAUGACUGAAAAAUGCAAAGAAAUCCAAAGUAUAGAAGAUGACAGUUGUAGUAAAUUGUUGAACAAAUUAAAGGUCAAUCGCAUCCCUUCUCA